CAAGUACCCAAACAAAUUUUCUUUUUGCCGUCUCUCUUUCUACGAUUUCUCUCUCCCUCUCUCUCUUUCUCUCUCUAAGAUUCUUCAGCUUUCACUCUCUAGAUCGAAAUCUCCUCAAUUCGGCGGAUCGAAGCUCGAGUGGGAUCGAUUCAUUGGAAAAACAGAGGUCCAGGGAUUGGAAUUCGAUCGGGGGAAGUGAAAAUUAGGUUUUCGAUUCCGGUGAAAAUGUUGGAGGGUUGGACUACCGGGUGGAUCUAGGGUUUGGAAUUGGUGAAAUUGAUAUAAGGAAGUGGAGCAGGGUUCGGUUUCUGAAUUAAGGAGAGGGGAUUGAUGUUACUCGAGGGGGAAAAUGCAAGGCUAUGCAUGGGCGGGCAGGUGAGGAAAGGAAAAGGGGUCGGCACAUGUGGACAGGACCCACGCGUAGCAAUUCGGUUGUAGCUGGUGAUGUUUCCUUGUCUUCUUCUUCGGUUUCCCCUGCUAAUUCAUUUUGCAAGGAUGGACGCAGGAUCGGUGUUGGAGAUUGUGCUCUUUUCAAACCACCUCAAGACUCCCCUCCUUUCAUUGGAAUAAUUCGUUGGGUGACUACUGGUAAAGAGAACGAGUUAAAGUUAGGUGUGAAUUGGCUUUAUCGACCUGCUGAAGUAAAGCUCGGCAAAGGCAUCCUUUUGGAAGCUGCGCCAAACGAAAUAUUCUAUUCUUUUCAUAAGGAUGAGAUUCCUGCUGCAUCAUUACUCCAUCCGUGCAAAGUUGCUUUCCUUCCUAAAGGUGUUGAACUUCCAUCAGGAAUUUGCUCAUUUGUGUGCCGGCGAGUUUAUGACAUUACAAACAAGUGUUUAUGGUGGCUAACUGAUCAAGAUUAUAUUAAUGAUCGGCAAGAAGAAGUAGAUCAGCUAUUGUGUAAAACGCGCAUAGAAAUGCAUGCAACAGUGCCUCAAGGCGGGCUUUCACCGAAGCCAGUGAAUGGUCCGACAUCAACUCCACAGUUGAAACCCAGUUCAGAUAGUGUACAAAAUAGUGCCUCAUCCUUUCCUUCUCAAGUUAAGGGAAAGAAACGGGAACGGGUUGAUCAGGGCUCUGAGCCUGUUAAACGAGAACGUUCUUCAAAACUGGAUGAUGGUGAUUCUGGUCACUGUCGACCAGAAAGCAGUUGGAAAGCUGAGAUUGCAAAAUUUACUGAAAAGGGGGGCCUUGUUGACUCUGAAGGGGUUCAAAAAUUGGUGCAACUCAUGCUGCCUGAGAGAAAUGAGAAAAAGAUAGACUUGGUGGGCCGGUCAAUACUGGCUGGUGUUAUAGCAGCCACAGAUAAGUUUGAUUGCCUUAAUCGGUUUGUGCAGCUCAGGGGCUUGCCUGUAUUUGAUGAGUGGCUGCAGGAGGUGCAUAAAGGGAAGAUUGGUGAUGGUAACAGCCGCAAGGAUAGUGAUAAAUCUGUUGAGGAAUUUCUCUUCAUUUUACUCCGUGCGCUUGACAAACUCCCUGUAAAUCUUCAUGCUUUGCAAAUGUGUAACAUUGGUAAGUCAGUGAAUCACCUGCGCACACAUAAGAACUUGGAGAUUCAGAAGAAAGCAAGGAGUCUGGUUGACACGUGGAAGAAGCGUGUUGAGGCUGAAAUGGAUGCAAAGUCUGGUUCUAACCAGGCUGUCUCAUGGGCUGCAAGAACACGUCUUCCAGAUGUUUCACAUGGUGGGAACAGACAUUCUGGUGCAUCUUCUGAGGUGGCAAUUAAGAGUUCUGCUGCACAACUUUCAGCUUCAAAAAAUGCUCCAGUCAAGCUUGUACAGGGGGAGACUACAACCAAGUCUGCAUCUGCCUCUCUAGGACCCAUGAAAUCAGUGCCAUCUCCUGCAUCAGCUGGUAAUAGCUUAAAAGAAGGACACACCCGUAAUAUUGGUGUAAGUGGUGCCUCUGAAAUUCCUAACUUAUCUUUGAGGGAGGAGAAAAGCAGCAGUUCUAGUCAGUCCCACAACAAUAGUCAAUCUUGUUCCAGCGACCAUGCCAAAACUGGGGGGGUUUCUGGGAAGGAGGACGCUAGGAGCUCAACUGCUGUUUCAAUGACUGCAAAUAAAGCCAUUGGUGGUUCUUCUCGACAUCGCAAAUCACUCAAUGGUGUCCAAGGUCCAACCUUAUCUGGGAUCCAAAGGGAAACUGGGUCAAGUAGGAAUUCUUCCUUGCACAGAAGCCAGGGCGCUGAAAAGUUAUCUCAAUCCAGUUUGACAUGUGAGAAGGCAGUUGAUGUUCCCUUGGGAGAGGGUAAUAAUCACAAAUUGAUUGUUAAAAUACCUAACAGAGGUCGUAGCCCUGCACAAAGUGCCAGUGGAGGAUCUUUUGAAGACCCUUCAGUCAUGAAUAGUAGAGCUUCUUCUCCAGUGUUUUCGGAGAAGCAUGACCAGUUUGAUCGUAACUUGAAGGAAAAGAAUGAUGCUUAUCGAGCUAAUAUUUUGUCUGAUGUAAAUAAUGAGUCAUGGCAAAGCAAUGAUUUCAAAGAGGUGCUUACUGGGUCUGAUGAGGGGGAUGGAUCCCCUGCUACUGUUCCUGAAGAAGAGAACUGUAAGACUGUUGAAGACGGUAGGAAAUUAGCAGAUGUCCGAAAAGCUGCUUCCUCAUCAUCUGGAAAUGAACAUAAAUCAGGGAAGUUGCACGAGGCUUCUUUCAGCUCGAUGAAUGCUUUGAUUGAAAGUUGUGUCAAGUACUCUGAAGUAAAUGCCUCCAUUUCAGCCGGGGAUGAUGUUGGAAUGAACCUGCUUGCUAGUGUGGCUGCUGGGGAGAUGUCCAAAUUAGAUAUGGCUUCCCCAAAUCAUUCUCCACCAAGAAACAUCACUGCUGUUGAGUACUCCUGCACAAGCAGUGAUUCAAGACUAAAGUCGUCUCCAGGUGAUAACCAUGCUCGAGAUCGGAGACCGUCAGUUGAUAGUGCUGAUGAUGCAAAUGAGAAGGCGGUUACUAGUACUUCACUGGCCAAGAGCACAGAGGAUAAAAUUGUAUCAUUAUCUGAAGAAAAACCAGCAGAGGUGCUUAAUGGACAUUCAACUUCUUCCAAUAUGGAUGUGCACCAAAUUGCUGAACCUUGCCUAGAAAAAAAUGUGAAAUCAGAGGAAAUAUUACUGGUUCCUUCUGUGGCUCUGCUUUCUGCAAGCACAGUAGAUAAAACAUCAACUAAUGCAGACAAAGAAACAUGGGAGGAAAAGGCAGAUGGCGUAUCUGAUACAAAAGAUAAGUUGCAUAGUUGCAUUCCAAGUGAAGAUAAUGGUUAUGUUUCUAGGUUAGAAGGUGGGACUGAACCGGUAGAAGGAUCAUUGCCUUGCCCGUCAAUGGAGAUAGACGGUGACAACAUGAAAAAUAUGAACGAAGAGUUGAACAGUACCGUGCAAGCAGAGCAAAAACCUCCUGCUACCAUUUGCUCCGAGUUUGCAAAAAGAAGGGUUGGGGAUGUGCUGCAUCCUACUGGUUCUGGUAAAGAUAUUGUCUCUGAAAAUGUUGUUGGGGAGGUGAAGGCUGAAAAGGCUGAUGAAACAGAUGACGCAAGUCAGCAUACCGAAAAAGGAAAUAAUGCACAGGAAAAUAAUUUUGGUUUAGCUGUUACUGAUCACAAGGUUGAGACUCUGGAGGAGAGUCUAGAAGGUAAUCAACCUAAAGAACAACUUAGUGGUGCUCAAGCUCUCAACAAGGCAUCACCUGCAAUUGUGCAAGAACCAGAACAAGAAGCAAGGUGUAGAGGAUCAAAGUUGAAUGCCACUGAUGCCGAUGAAGCGGAGGAAAGUACAUCUGGUGCUGUAGAUGCUGCUUCAUUUUCUGCUGUAGGGGGGGCAGAUAUUGAAGCGAAAUUGGAAUUUGAUCUAAAUGAAGGCUUCAAUACCGAUGAUGGGAGAUAUGGGGAACCGAAUAACUUGAGAACACCUGAAUGUUCUACUGCUAUUCAAUUGAUUAGCCCUUUGCCUUUACCUGUUUCUUCUGGUUCUAGUGGCUUACCUGCUUCAAUUACAGUGGCUUCUGCUGCAAAAAGGCCCUUUGUUCCUCCAGAGGACUUAUUGAAGAAUAGGGGGGAACUUGGUUGGAAGGGAUCAGCAGCCACAAGUGCCUUUCGGCCAGCUGAACCUAGAAAAGCUUUGGAGAUACCAGUAGGUACAUCUAAUAUCCCUGCCUCUGAUGCAGCUGUGAUCAAGCCCAGUCGUCCACCAUUGGACUUUGACUUGAAUGUUCCAGAUGAAAGAAUCCUUGAGGAUUUGGCUUCUCGAGGUUCUGCUCGGGGUUCAGCUUCUGUGUUUGACCUUUCAAAUGAUCAUAAUCUAUCACAUGACAAAAUAAUGGGUUCUGCAGCUGUUCGGAGCUCUGGGGGACUGGACCUUGAUUUGAAUAGAGUGGAGGAGCCCAGUGAUAUAGGUAAUCAUUUAGCAAGUAAUGGUUGUAGGAUGGAUGUGCAUCUUCAGGCAGUAAAAUCAUCAUCAGUUACUGUUCUUAAUGGUGAGUCAAGUGUACACAGGGAUUUUGAUUUGAAUGAUGGGCCUCGUGUGGAUGAGGGGACUGCUGAACGAUCUCCAUUUGGCCAGCCAACCAGGAAUAAUACACCGACCCAACCAUCAUCUGUUUUUGGUCUUAGGCUAAACAAUAGUGAAAUGGGUAACUUCUCUUCAUGGUUUCCUCAAGGGAAUCCCUAUCCAGCUGUUGCCAUUCAGUCUUUGUUGCCCGAUAGAGAGCAGUCUUUUUCAAUGGUCACCCCUGGUGGGCCUCAACGGAUGUUGGCUCCCCCUACUGGCAGCACACCAUUUAAUCCUGAUGUCUACAGGGGGCCAGUGUUAUCAUCUGCUCCAGCAGUUCCCUUUCCGGCUUCACCAUUUCAAUGUCCUGUCUUGCCUUUUGGGACCAAUUUUCCUCUACCAUCAGCCACAUUUUCAGUUGGUUCAACAACAUAUCUGGAUUCAUCUUCUGGUGGGAGACUUUGCUUUCCCACGGUGCAUUCUCAAGUAUUAGCUUCUGCUGGUGCGGUUCCAUCUCAUUAUCCAAGGCCUUUUGUUGUUAGCCUCCAGGAUAAUAACAAUAUUAGUGCCUCUGAGAAUAGUAGGAAAUGGGGAAGGCAAGGUUUAGACCUCAAUGCAGGGCCUUUGGGCCCAGAUUUGGACGGGAGAGAUGAGACAGCUGCUCUAGCAUCAAGGCAAUUAUCCGUUGCCAGUUCACAGGCCACUGCAGAGGAACAGUCGAGGAUGUUUCAAGUGGCAGGCAGUGGCAUUUUGAAGAGGAAGGAGCCAGAGGGUAGCUGGGAAGGUUAUAAGCAAUCCUCAUGGCAGUAGAGAUGCUUGGCAGCACAAUCCAGUAAUCCAUGAGGCCUGUAAGUAUUCAUGCUCUUAGAUUGAUACUGGCUAACUUCCAGAGCUCGUCAUCUAACUCUUGCUCUUCAAGGAUGGGUGGUAAGUGAGUUAUUUGAUGCCAUUCUGUCUAUGACCCCCCACCUUUGCAUCGUAAAGGAAUCUGUCUGGGGUAAGCAAGCUUGUAUUUCCUUGAAUAUGUCCUGGGUGGCUGCUGUUCACUUUCCCCUUUGUAGAUAUGUUAACUGUUGGAAAGCAGCAUGCAGUGUUUGUUGCCCAGACAUCCAGAAUUGAUGCCCAUAUGUUCACUGCAUCAACAAUUUUAUACUGUUGGACCCAAAACCAUCCUUCCUUUUCCAACCUUUCUGAGAAUGGAGGAUGGGUUAGUGAACUUGUUUAAACAGAAGCCCUUUGUAUGUGCUUUGAUGUUAAUUUAUCUACCUUUUCCCCCCCUUUUCCCCUGUUUCUUUUAAUCACUUAUAUACAGUAGCAACUGGACAUCAUGUAGGAUGAUUCAAAUGACAGGUGAAAUCUGAUCUAGAGUUUAAUUGUAUCUGGAAAAAUUUGGAGGUUAGUGCCUGUCAACUUAAUAUGGGGCAUUAUGGUUCUUUGUAUUGAAUUUUGAUGAUUCAUGAUCCAUGUCUAUUCUUACUGUUUUGCAA